UCACAGAAACACACACAUGUAGAGAGAGAGAGAGAGAGAGAGAGUUCUCCACAAAUUAGCUUCACAAACCUUCCUUCUCUCCCUUGAUUCCUUUGAGAGAUUACUGAGAGAGAAAAGGUUAUAAACUUCCAAGGCCAUGGCUCAUCACGGUCCAUUAGUUUUGGUGUUCGGGCUUCUCGGUAACGCUGCCUCCUUCUUGUGCUUCCUGGCGCCAGUACCGACAUUUUAUAGAGUAUGUAAGAAGAAAACGACGGAAGGGUUUCAAUCGGUGCCAUACAUAGCAGCACUGUUCAGUGCAAUGCUAUGGCUAUUCUAUGCGUCCGUGAAAACGGGAGAGACGCUCCUUAUCACCAUCAAUGCGUUCGGUUGCGUAAUCGAGACCAUUUACCUCGCCAUUUACAUCACUUACUGUCCCAAGAAAGCUAGGAUGUCCACAUUAAGAUUGAUUCUAUUGUUGAACUUCGGGGGAUUUUGUGUCAUUGUGCUCUUAACACAUUUACUAGCCAAAGGAGAAGCUGCUCGUGUCAAGCUUCUGGGAUGGAUCUGCGUGGUCUUCGCCACCAGUGUUUUUGCAGCCCCUUUGAGCAUUAUCAGGGUGGUCAUUCGGACGAAGAGCGUAGAGUUCUUGCCUUUUCCUCUUUCGGUUCUCCUAACAGUCAGCGCUGUGGUGUGGCUCUUGUAUGGACUUACCCUCAAGGACAUCUAUGUCACUCUCCCUAACGUAGUAGGGCUCUCGUUUGGGAUCGUACAGAUGGUUCUGUAUGCAAUGUACAGAAAGAACAAGCCGGUGAAAGACGAGAAGCUCCCAGAACAGAGAAGCGAAGUAAUGAAUGAAAAAAAAAGUGAGGUAAUUAACGAGACCAAGAAUGUCGGCGAGGAGGAGAAACAAGAAGUGGUGACCAUCGAGAUCACAGAUCAGAAGAAAGAAGAAGAAAAGCAAGAAGAGGAACAAAAAGAGCAGGUUAAAAAUAACAAGCAAGAUCAAACAUACAUGGACGACAAAGCCAGACCAGCGGUCUUCGAACCCUCCAUUAUUGAAAUACCACCACAGCAGAUGGUGACUUGCCAAGUUUAAGGAGGGAAAAGGACAUAUGCACGCGCGAGCGCGUGUUGUCAGGACUCUUUUGAGACUGUCUCUGUGGCCAUCACCGCACCGCAUGGGCUCUGGAAUUUUCGUGUGAAAUUGUUAAAGCCUGAAUCGGGGGAGGCCACGGAUGGUGUAGCUAAUUAAUUAAUAUGGUUCCAUUUUCAUGAUCUUUUCUUAGUUAUAUUUCAUUUUGUAGGGUUUAAGUUAUAUAUAAUAAUACGUAAUAGUUGUUGUAAAAUCUUGUUAUAUCAUUGACAGCAGCCUACAUCGCAGGCGCCGGAUAUGCAAGGUAGAGAUAUCAUUCUGAUUAUGUUGAAUACAAUUCCACCUUUUUUUUCUUUUA